AUGGUCCCCCUUCACGGUCUUUCAGCAGCAGCUAAGCGAAGGGAUACUACAGCUGCAGCAGCAGCAGCAGCAGCAGCAGCAGCGGGAACAGCAGCAACAGCAGCAGCAGAUAGUAAUCCUAUAGCGUAUACACCAUGUGUAACACGUAACAGAGCAAGAUCUCUUGCAGCCGCAGCCGCAGCAGCAGCAGCAGCAGCAGCAAAUGCAGCAGCAGCAACAGAUCCAGCAGCAGCAGCAGCAGCAGCAGAUGCUGCAGCAAAUAGUAAUAGCGAAUCGUCAAACAUUCCUAUUUCAGAACCCCUAGCAGCAGCAGCAGCAGCAGCAGAUGCUGCUGUUGCUGCAGCAGCAGCAGCAGAUGGGUCAGAGUCUAGUGGCUCUGCAGCAGCAGAUCCUUUAGGUCCAGCAGCUGCAACAACUAUCCCUGCAGCACCAGCAUCAACAGCAGCAUCAACAGCAGCAGCAGCAGCAGCAGCAGCAGCAGCAGCAGUAGACAGCAGCAGGGCAGUUAUAUCUCCUUAUUUGUUUGAUAGUACAAGUAAGGAAGACAGGCAGCAGCUGCUGCAGCUGCUGCUGUCAUCAGAGGUUAAGCAGCAGCAGCUGCUGCUGCCUCCUGUGUCAAGUACCGCAUGCAGUAGCAUGCAACAAGCAGCAGCAGCAGCAGCUGCUGCUGCUGCAGCAGAACCAACAGCAGCAGCAGCAGCAGCAGCAAUAGCGAAGGAAACUCCAAAGUGUUCUUUCCCUCUGCCUGAGUUUGCGCAGCAAACUGCAGCAACAGAAACACUGCAGCGGCCAGUUGCUGCUGCUGCUGCUGCUGCAUCUGCUGCUGCAUCUGCUGCUGCAGCAGCAGCAGCAGCACUUGCAGAUGCAGAAGCAAAAAAGGAGAGGCUAGCAGCAGAUGAUUCUGCUGCUGCAUCUCCUGCAACAGCAGCAACAGCAGCAACACCUCCAACAACGCCAGCACCAACAGCAGCAGCUGCUGCAGCAGCAACAGCAGCAGCAGCAGCAGCAGCAGCAGAAGGAGCUGAGCUCGAAGCAGAAUUCACCUAUGCCUAUGCAUGCUUCCAGCAGCAGCGGCAGCUGCUGCUGCUGAGUGUGCAGCAGCAAAUGCAGCAAGCAUUAGAUGAGCUGCAGCAGCUAGCAGCAGCAAAAGCAGCAGCAGAUUCAUUUGUUAAUGAUCUACGCCAGGAGAUAGCAGAGACCCGUGUGAAACGAAAGCAGCAGCAACUGCAGCAGCAGCAGCAGCAGCAGCAGCAGCAGCAGCAGCAGCAGCAUCGUAUAUAUUUUGAUGAUAGUCCUCCCUCUAGUGUACGAUCUAUUCAUCUAUCUUAUCCAUCAGAUGUAGCUGUUGCUGCUGCUGCAGCAGCAGAAAAAGAAGCAGCAGCAGCACCACCACCACAACCAGCAACAGCAGAAGAAGAAGCAGCAACAGCAGCAGCAGCAGCAGCAGCAGCAGCAAGUAGUGACGAAGAACGUAUAGGUAGUGUUGAGGAUUUAAUGACAAAUUAUUAUAAACGUUUAUUAGAUACAAUUGAUUAUACAGCUAAAUAUCCAUCCAAGUCUGCUGCUGCUGCUGCUGCUGCUGCUGCUGCUGGGGAUAAUAAUAAUAGCAGCAACAGCAACAGCAGCAGCAGCAAUAGUGAUGCUGCUGCUGCUGCUGCUGCUGCCUAUGGUUUAUCAAGGGGUAAUCUUCGUAGUCCUUCGCCAUACUCUUGGCGUUACUUUGGCUUAGAUGCAGCAGCAGAUAACAGCAGCAGCAGCAGCAGCAGCAACAGCAGCAGCAGCAGCAGCAGCAGCAGCUCUGGUGGUGUUGCUGCUGUAGGAGGAGGAGGAUCAGCAGCAGGUAAUGGAUAUGGCAGUGUUUAUCCUGAUGCAGCAGCAACAGCAGCAACAACAGGAGCAGCAGCAACAGCAGCAGAUGGUUUAUCUAGUGCAUUUUUAGCUGCUGCUGCUGCUGCUGCUGCUGCUGCUGCUGGACCUAGUGGUGGUACAUCAUCAUCAUCUCCUGCUGCAUCUGUUGCAGGAGGAUCAGCAGCAAAAUCCCAUCACCACCCUCCUAACCAGCAGCAGCAGCAACAGCAGCAGCAGCAGCAACAGCAGCAGCAGCAGCAGCAGCAGCAGCAAGGAGGUAAAUUAGCAAAAGAAAAGAAUGAGGAAGAUAGAGAAGAAGAAGCUCUUGCUAUGGAUGCCGCCUUAUUAAGUCAUUUCUCCUCCUCUUCUUCCUCCUCCUCCUCCUCCUCCUCUUCCUCCUCCUCUUCCUCCUCCUCCUCCUCCUCUUCUUCUUCUUUUCCUUCUUCUUCUCUUCCUUCCUCUGAUUACCCACCGGAUAACAAUCAUAUACAACAACAGCAGCAACAGCAGCAACUGCAGCAACAGCAGCAGCAGCAGCAGCAACAAGACCUAGACGAUCCUCCUGAUGACAUUCUCCACCACCAGCAGCAACAGCAGCAGCAACAACAGCAACAACAGCAACAACAGCAACAAACAGACGAUCUAUCUCUUCCUCUUCCUCUUCUUCCUCAUCAACAACAACAGAACCAUAAGGAGGAGGAGGAAUAUAAAAAAGAAGAAAAAGAACAACAAGAAGAACAACAACAACAAGAAAAAGAAGAAGAAAAAGAACAACAACAACAACAACAACAACAACAACAACAACAACAACAACAACAACAACAUGAACAACAACAAGAACAACAACAACAAGAACAACAACAAGAACAAGAACAAGAACAAGAAGAAGAAGAAGGACAUAAGAAACAAACAAGAAAAGAAGUAGAUAUAUAUAAUAAUUUACGUAGAUUAUAUAAUAUAUAUUUAUAUGGUUCUUCCUCUACAGCAGAGGCAUUAUUAAUUAAUAGUAAAAAAUUAACAUUUAAUACAAAAAUACCUGGUAUUUCUUUCCAUAAAGGUGUUGAAAGUUGGUUAUGUACAUGGAAGGAGCCUAAUAAUAGGUAA